ACUCGAUUGAUGUUUUUGACACAAUACAAAAAUUAACAUGUAUUGAAUCCAUUAGUCAGGUCUAUGCUUUCGAUUACAUACCUGAAAAAGAAUUUUCUUCUUCGGAUGGUUGGUCUAUUUACGAUGUAUAUCAAGAAUAUAGUAGAAUGGGUGUUAGUAUAACGACUGUCUCCUGGAGAUUUUCGUCCGUAAAUCGUGACUAUACUUUUUGCGAAACGUAUCCACAUACUUUAGUUGUACCUGCCAAAAUUAGCGAUACUGUUCUACACCAUGCUUCAAAAUUCAGAAGUAAAAAUCGUAUACCUGUUUUAAGUUAUUUACAUUGGCAUAAUAAGGCAUCCAUAACUCGUUCUAGUCAACCAAUGGUUGGACUCAAAAAAAAUCGUUCAAUACAAGAUGAAAAACUUAUCGAAGCUAUUUUUCGGACUAAUGUACCUAGUUUACCUCCUGGACUACUAUCAGUAUAUGGUUCAACACAGACAAAUUUAAUCGUUGAUGCUCGACCUACAGCUAAUGCUAUGGCAAACGCUGCAAUGGGUGCGGGUUCGGAAAAUAUGGAACACUAUAAAAAUUGUGAAAGAAAAUUUAUGGGCAUUGAUAAUAUCCAUGUAAUGAGAGAAAGCUUAGGGAAAAUGCAAAGUCUGGAUAAAUCUAAUUGGCUUAAGCACAUUUCCACUUUGUUAGAAUCUUGUCUAAUUAUCAUCAAAAAUGUACACAUUGCUAGUUCUCAUGUACUUAUUCAUUGUUCAGAUGGUUGGGAUCGUACGACACAAUUGACAUCAAUCUCUAUACUUUGCUUGGAUCCGUACUAUCGUACUUUCAGAGGAUUUCAAGUUUUGGUGGAAAAAGAAUGGGUAUCCUUUGGUCAUAAAUUCUCCGAUCGUUCUGGUCACCUUUCUGAUGAAAAGUAUUUCAUUAAUAGUGUUAAUGCAAAUGCAGCGAACACAGCUUUCAAUACAGUACAAAGCAAGUUUUAUAAUCAAUCUCAUAUUCGAGAAAUUUCUCCUAUGUUUCAACAAUUUUUGGACUGUGUAUUUCAAAUCUUAUCGCAAUUUCCUACAAGAUUUGAAUUUAAUGAAAAGUUUUUGAUCGAAUUGCAUUAUCAUUGUUAUUCAUGUCAAUUCGGGACAUUUUUAUGCAAUUCGGAAAAAGAAAGAAUGGAUUAUAAAGUCACUACUAAAACUUAUUCUGUUUGGGAUUAUUUCAAUUCCAAUAAAAGUGUAUUUCUUAACUCUUUAUAUGAUGGUGGAGCUGAAGAUAAGGAAGAUAUGGGUAAUAAUGGUGUAUUACUUCCUGAUGAAAAGAAUAUCAAAUAUUGGGCAGGACUAUUUAACAAACAAGAUUAUGAACUAAAUAACAAUAACGAUGAUGUAGAGGGUUUCACAUCCCCAAUAAAAUGGAAAUCAGAUAGUCCCAUUUCACGAACUGAUUCACCCGGAACUGGUGAUGCGGACACUUGGAAAGAUGGCCUUAAACCAUUUUCUCCACUUAAGUUAAUGAAUUAUGACAAUAAUCCUGAUAUUGAUCCAUGGAAAAGCAAGUGA